AUGGAUAGUUGCUAUGUGGCGACGAAUCCUACUUUAAACCUACGUGAAUUCCUAGCCGGCUAUCAGGCUAAGCUAUCAGGCACUGCUGACGAUGUACCCUUUUUCCUACAAGCCAACCCCGUGCUUGUGGACGUGGGUGAGAGCUGUUCUCUGGACCUAAUAGAAUCCCCUGACGACAGUUCGGUUGCAAUCUUCCAGCCCGGCGUCGACAAUUUUCGUCCAACCGUUUUCCGGCCCCAGGAGGAUCAGUAUGUUCCUUCCACCUUUUCGGCCCUGAGUCAGCACAAGGCCAAGUCACGUAAAUGUGCUUUUGGCCGCACUCAGUAUAGCUACAAGCUGAAUCCGCCGCCAGCAGACAGUCCCAAUCACCAGCUGGAUGUUUGUGAAUUGGAACUAACCGUGCGGCUAUACCGACCUCCGCGGGCCUAUCAUCGCGGAUUUAAAGUAGAGAUUCCCGUGUUCGCUGAAGAGUACGUAUGCCUGGGUAGCAAUUAUUUGACCGAGCUGCGCGACAAGAUAAGCUGUGUUUGCCGCGGAAAACGCUUCGUGGACAUUAGUGACGAUCCGGAUGCUCCGUUGCCCACCAUUGACACUAAUCCGGGAUACUUCUUCAUCAACGACAUUUUCUACAAUGACAAACGCAAUCCUAACAAUCCCGACUAUUCGCACACCGUCCUGCAGUGGGCGGCUAAAGCAAAUGGAGUGAAUGGAGAUGCGCUAAAGGUGGAGAAUAUGGAGGGCAAGAGAUUCAUAGACCUUACAGUUAGCCCAGGUUCAUCGCUGCAUUACCUGCACCACGGAAAUUGCGAGCACCUUUUUGUGAUUUCACAGAUCGAGGUGCUAACGCCGCGUAGUAAACGUCCAGAUCGCAGCCUGUAUCCUUACCCUCACGCCUUUAGCACCUACAAUCGCAGAACUUGCUACAUUUGCGGCAUUCGUAGUUUUAGUUUCAUUGUUGAAAAGUCCCGACGACAGCUGCACGAUCCUGCCUACCUGUGCCGCAACUGUUUCCUCAGUUUCUUUUACGUGGAUGGUAGGAAGGUGGGACAGUUCAAGGCCUAUAGAAUAUACGAUCAUGGUGAGGCUGAAGACGAGGUGGAAGAUCGCAAAGGAGACGAGGUGGUGGAGGUAUUAGAUGAACAAGUACCUAUUUAAGAUAUAAUUCUACCUGCAAGUCAUGCACAUAUGAACACUGUAUUCGUAAUUUACCUACUUGGAAUUUUUCCGUAUAACUAUUGACUAUUUUGUAGAUUAAUCCAUUUAAAAAAAAUAUAGAGUAUUGACGUGUUUUAAUCGUAAA